ACGAUCGAAAUAAGUCGCGUGGAUGCAGUUUUACGAGGAAAUUCGAUCGAAUGAACGAUCCUCGAUUAUAGAAAGAACGAAAAAUGUGUCCCCGAAUGCAGUUUUAAUGGAGUGAAAAUAAAAUCUCCGCGACAACCCCAAAACUCGAAAGGCGAACACGACGACGACGACGGCAGAAGUGCCCCCCAUCGAGAGUGAUUUGCCUAAUAUUGUGCAAAGUGGAAAAAACAGUGACGAAAUCAUGUCGGAUGAAGACUUUUUCCGUGGAAUCCGGGACGAUAUCGUAAAUAGUACGGCCAAGAUGCAGGAAGCGGAUGCCACGAAGGGUAAAGGUGCACCGAAAGCACCGAAAAAACCGAUGCAAUUCGUGGCGCUGGACCAGGAGGGAGGAGUACCGGUGCAGCAACCGAAGGAGGUCGACAAGGAGGAACAGCAGGCACCCGCACCCGACACUGGCGGGGCGGUAAACGAUAAUCCUCCUCCUCUUGGAAGGCCAGAUCCUACCGCACCAGCCCCAGGACCGAGCAAAAAGAACGAAAAGAAGCAGAAGAAGAAGGAGGCGGUUGCUGCGGCCAAGGAGGCGUUGAAGCAGAAGAAGAAGAAAAAGGAUAAAACGGCACCCGCACCGGGGAUACAUAAGCUGGAGCAUCUGCAGGAAAUGAUCGACGACAUCAAAUCCCAGAUCAACGAGCUUAAACAUGAAUCCCACAAGAAGAAGCUGCUACCCGCGAAGGCCAGGAAACCGGAGUCCACCGAUGCACCGGUGGAGGUACGUGGCCGCGAGAGGGAAGAGCGCGAGGAAAAUCGCGAAACGAAGCGAUCUGUAAAGUGGCGUGAGAUGCAGACGCUCGGUGCGAAGAGCUCAAAGCACGUGACGCAGGAUCCAGCGGCAGAGAAUGGCAAUCCGCAGGUACGGCUUAAGGAUCUUCCCUCGGACCAGCAGCUCCUGCUGGCACUCUUUACACUAAAUGCCUCCCAGCGACAGCAGUUAAUCGAGAAGAUUGGCCUGGAUUAUGGGCUGCUCGCGGCCCAUCCGCACAAGAAGGACAAAGUGGUGGUCGCGGAAGCGUUCCGGAGCGUCUCCAAAACGCUGCAUUCGUCUGCGAUGGAGUUUAUGACGGGACCGGCGAAGAAGAAACGGUUUAAUCCGAAAGCUCCCGCUCCGCAGCACAAAGCACAGAAGGGACCGCAGGCCAAGGUGAAGCAACCGGAACGGCAAACGUUCGAAGCGCAAGUCAGCUAUCUGCUGAACGAUGGCAAGACGCGGCCAGUAAUGGAGUACAAACCGGAGCUAACGCUCGGUGAUCGUGGUUCGCAGAAUGCGACCGAUCAUCUGAACGCUUUCGUCGAUCGUUUGGUGGCCAAUCGGGUAGGCUAUCUGGUGGAGGGACCGUUGCGGAUCAACCCGAACAACCACUACCAAUCUUUCGUGGACGAUCCGCGCCAGGAGGGCAAUGUGUUUAUCAACUCCAUCCUCCUACGCCAGUGCGCCAUGGAGGGUGAUGUGGUGCAGGUGUUUGUGAAGUACGACGAGCCGAAGGAACAGCCUCCCGUGAAGGACGCUGGCACCAAGGAGAGCACGGAAACGCAAUCAUCGUUAGAGGAAGCGGAAGCACCCACUUCGGAAGCCCAGCCGGUGGACGAGGUGCAACCGGUAGCGGUCGUCGACGCAGCACAACCUACGGCACGGAAUGGGCUCGGGUUUGUGGUGCGUGUCCUUGAGAAACGCCACAACCGCCAGUGUGUGGGCAGCUUCGCUCCGAUAGGACAGGGCAAGAAGCACUAUCGCAUGUUUAUGCCGCGCGAUAAACGCAUUCCGGCCAUGCGUGUCCUGCAGCACGAUCUACCGAACGCUUUUCUCGAUCCAAUGAAUGCUGCUCCGAAGGAAGGCAAGGAAGGCAAGGAAGGAGGAGGAGAUGGUGAUGGUCCUACCGGUACGGACCUGCUAGAGGUUAUCUAUCAAGCUCAGAUUGUGCAAUGGCAGGAUGAUGUACCGAUCGGUACGAUCCUUAGGCCCAUCGGCAAGUGUGGCCAGCUGGAGGUGGAAAACGAAGCGAUCCUCGUCGAGUACAACCUGGACGUUACACCGUAUCCGGAGACUUUGUUGGCACAACUACCACCCUGUCCGUACAGCAUCCCCGAAGAGGAACUAGCGAAGCGUACGGAUCUACGCGGUGAAUGCAUCUUUACGAUCGAUCCGGCCACUGCGCGCGAUCUGGAUGAUGCGCUAAGCUGUAAGGUGUUGCCGGAUGGUAACUACGAAAUUGGAGUUCACAUUUCCGAUGUGACGUACUUCCUGCGUGAGGGGUCCCCACUGGACGAGCAGGUGAAGCUGCGUGCCACGUCCGUCUACAUGGUGGAUGGCGUUCAUCAUAUGUUACCGAAGCAGCUCUGCAACAGCUGCUCACUAUUGCCCGGUCAGGAUAAGCUGGCGUUUUCGGUGCUUUGGAAGAUACGACCAGAGGAUGGCACGAUCUUGGAAACACGCUUCGAGCGAACCAUCAUCAACUCGUGCGCUCAGCUGUCCUACGAGCAUGCUCAACUGAUGCUGGAUAACCCGGAACGGUCACUGGAAGAGGAUGAAAGUAUUCCGGUGAUUGCGCACGGAUACACGGCCAAUGGACUGCGCGAUAUCGUGAACCGUUUACAGUCGAUUGCGGUUAAACUACGGAAGCGACGAAUGGAUGGUGGCUGUCUAAAGAUUAACCAACCGAAGCUAACAUUCCGGCUUGAUCCGGCCACCGGGAAGCCACUGGCUUACGGUGUGUAUCAGUUGCGUGCGAGCAACGAACUGAUCGAGGACUUUAUGCUGUUGGCAAACGUGUCCGUUGCUGAGGCAAUCCAUGCCGCUUAUCCGGCCAUCUCGUUGCUUCGUAGCCAUCGGGCACCGUCGGAUAAUAUGAUGAAGAAGCUGGUGCGCAACUUGGCCGCCCAUGGGUACCCGUUUUCGUACGACAGCUCGAAGGCGAUCCGUGAAUCGAUGGAAGCGAUCGCUACGGCGACGGAACAUCCGGAUGCGGUUUCCAGUGUGCUGAGCGUGCUGCUAGCGAAACCGAUGACCCGUGCCCUGUAUUACUGCUCCACGUUUGCGAGUUCCCCGGUGGAUUUUGCCCACUACGCACUGGCGAUACCGCUGUACACGCAUUUCACUAGUCCUAUUCGUCGGUAUGCCGAUUGUCUGGUGCAUCGCGUACUGGCCGCCAGCCUCGGAAUUGACGUGGAGCCUAAACGUUCGCCUGAUGAGGUGCAGCGUUUGGCUUCGAUUUGCAAUGAGAAGAAGUACAAUGCGAAACUGGCCGGAGAUGCCAGUUCGCUGCUUUACUUCCGCCACUGGUUGAGUACGGUUGGGGAGCAGGAAAUGAUGGGUGCCGUUUUGGGGUACGGUGAGCAUCACAUCGAACUGGUCCUCAUCCAUACCGGGCUUGUGGUGAAGGUUUUCGAAAAGAAAAUUGCUGCAACUGCCAAGCUUGUCUUUAAAGCCGUCGAGCCAACGGGUAGCUGCCUAUUGGUCCCGAAGGAUACUACGAUCCCACCGGUGAAGCUGCAAAUAUUCACUAAAGUCCGCGUUACUGUUAAAGUACGUAAUGGAGCGAUUGUUGUGUCCUCAGUCCUCCCGCUUGCUACUUCCGAACCGACCGUUCCCGCGGUCGAGUCAAACUCAGGCGCACCGAUGAAGCAGGGCGCCUCUAAUCCUGUGGAGGAGAUUUGCCAAGAAAUGGCAUCGGCCAAAGUGUACUGAACCAGCUUUCCUCUCCACCGCUCUGCUUUUGAGAUUCUUACCAGCACAGGACGUGCGUUUUGCUUUUUUUAUUUGAUCUUCGUUUUGAGUUAUCAAAGUCGUAUCCCCUGCGGUGGAUACUUUUUUUUUUGAUAAGUUGAAUCAACUUCCGGAUGACCGACCCUUUUUAGAGAUUGAAACACAUAAAUAAACAUACACAUUUGUCGGCCACGCGUCGACAACCGACCCUA